GUCGCGUUUUAAGACAGCCUGUCAAGUUAAAAACAAACAGAUCAACUUUUGAAUACGCGUCCAAUCUGAUACGCUCCGUCUAGCUGUUGAACGCAAGAACGCGUCCUGUGUGAAUCAUGCCUCCCAACACCUGAGGUGGGAAAUACCUUGUGGAGAGCAGCAGCUUACACUCAGACUAAAUAUAGAUCCAUCGCGAGGGAACCCGGACACCGCGCCUCCCCACGCACGGCUCGUUUAUCUGCAUGUUGUGUUUAGCUGGAAAGUUGGAUUGUAUCGGUGGUAUCGUUCUCCAUUUUUAAAAUAUUCUAUUUUUGCUAAAUGGAAAAACACAGGAUUUCUUUAGAUAAAAAUAUAUUAACCUCUCAACUACACACGCGUAAAGCGCAUUUUUAACUCCUUGUUCCUGGCGGUGCGCACGCACGCUAUCCAACAAGUGCAUGCUCGAAGCUCAACUGCUGUGUCUUAAGAAGCGAUUGAAGAGAAAACAGAUGGAGAUGCCUGCCUAACGACCUGGACCUCGAAUCGAUCCACGCAACCUCGCCAAUACGCACAUACUUUGUCGCAGUGAUAAAAUGCGCGUUUGUUUGAUGCGCGUCGAGUGAGCUGGUGGAUUAUGUGCAUCUGUUAGUUUCCCCGCCGAUGGAGCCGCCGUAAUUCGUUGUUUUGGUCAUUUUUACAACAAACUAGAGACCGGGCGGUUUGCUUAUAUUUUGACGGUCCGAACCCAAAAGCCUUACAUCUAGUCCACCCGUAACCUGCGAAGACUUGUAAAUCCUUACACCUGGUUUCUUGGAGAGGGCUGCGCAAUUGCGCACGCUGUGAGAGUAUACUAUCGGCGCUUUCCAUGGAAUCCACUCCACGCGUGAUCUCCACUGAGGGUUUCGGUCCUAUCUGAUGUGGGGUAAAAAGUUGCCGUCUGGACAGUAAAUCACAUAUAUGAGGAUCAAUACACACGUGCUGGUCAACACAAAGCGCAAAAAUGCCUAUGCAUCCGGUGACUUCCACUUUGAUGUACCGGGGGAUCUGCACCAUUCCAGAUAUCCUGUCGUACCGGGCACCGGUCAACCUGCCUGAGGAUGAGGUGGAAGAAAUCCGGGAGGCGUUUAAGGUGUUUGAUCGAGAUGGGAAUGGCUUCAUCUCAAAGCAGGAGCUCGGCAUGGCCAUGCGUUCUCUAGGGUACAUGCCCAAUGAGGUCGAGCUUGAGGUCAUCAUUCAGAGACUCGACAUGGAUGGAGACGGCCAGGUGGAUUUUGAGGAGUUUGUUACUCUCCUGGGGCCCAAACUCUCGGCUGCCGGGAUGCCUGACAAGUUCAACGGAACCGAUUUUGACUCUGUGUUCUGGAAGUGUGAUAUGCAGAAGCUGACUGUGGAAGAGCUGAAGAGACUCUUAUAUGACACUUUCUGUGACCACCUGUCAAUGAAGGACAUUGAGAAUAUCAUCAUGACAGAGGAGAAUCACAUCGAAAAUCCUGAGGACUGCCAGGUUGACAUUGACACGGAGAGUCCAACCCAGCAGGUGAAGCAAACAUGCGUACGGAAGAGUCUGAUCUGCGCCUUCGCGAUUGCUUUCAUCAUCAGUGUCAUGCUCAUUGCAGCCAAUCAGGUGCUUCGCAGUGGCAUGAAGUAACGUAUGGACCGCUCACAACGUAGAUUCAAUUCAACAUAAGACAGUGACAAAAAUGGCUAAAAAAGAAAAAACACGCACACAUGCACACACAAACUGGAGCAACUGAAAAGUUCAUUUUAUCUACGUGAAAUCCAAAUGUUGUAACUGAAAUAUUUUUGAGAUGAGCUACAGCUUCCACUGGACAGAGUUUUUCAUAUUUGACAACUGUUUCAAAACGUAACGCAGACAAAUAUGUAAACGCACACAUACUGUGUCUUACCCGCAAUGAAAAGUACAUUAAACGAGAGAAAGAAGAAGUUUAUACUGUAAUGGACUCAAAAAAGUUUCCCCUUCAAACCGCUCUCUCCCUCUUCAGUAUGUUUUGGGUGAGUUUAGCCGCAUGGACAUCUCCAACCGAGGAUCCUACUCUUCAGUGCAUGACGAUGCAUGGAUUUACAAUAGCCUGGAUGCACCAGUAGAGCUCAGCUGUGCAUCCAUUCACCUAUAUAUCAGAUCCCAAUGCAAAUUUUCCAGAGAAAGACCCGUCUCACACAUGUGAAGAGUUUUGGAUAUGGAGCGGAGGCCGUUUCUGACAUUUUACAUCCAGUAUACUGAUCCCUUUGCAUGAGAAUAAGGGCUGUUUAGGGCAUGCUCAUGUCAUGCAAUGUUAGUCUUGUGUUUGUCGAGUAACUAUCGUGGAUUUUUACCUGUUGCACAUGCCUGAGAUGAUUGUAGUAGUACUCUAUAUGGACAAAGGGGGCGUGAAACAACCCAAAAAUCAUGCUAUACCACUAGUGACAUUCAGUCAGUAUUAAGAGGUUUGUAGUACAUGGAUAAAAAUGAAUUUCUUUUCACCUGAAAUACACUAUGCAUUUUCAGGCUCACUGUUUUGAAUGAUCAGCAGCGCUCAUCGGUGCAAAUGUAACUUACAUUUUUGCAAACAUUUGCACUGUAGUUAUCACAUAGAGGUGAUAAUUAGGAGCUUUUGAAUUGAAAUGACAUGACUGACAGGAAAUGAUACCAAAUGAUUACGUAAGACACAGAAUAAAAGGAGUAUUUGAUUUCUGACAUAUCAGGAAAUGAUUUAAUGGUCGUUUUUGAACCAAAUCGAUGUCCAUUUAAGCUUAUCGCCUAACCUAAAUGGAUGAUCAUGAUGUUUUUAUUCAUUUGCAGUGUUAGGAAUAUGUGUAUUAAUAUAACCUGAGAGCAAACACUGUGGUAUAUCAGUGUUUCACCUCUAUUUCAAAAUAUAUUGUUCAUGUGUCCAAAUGAAUGUGCCAUUUGUGAAAUCGUUCACUGUUUUCCUGGGAAACAUAGUACGUUUGUGAGCAGGUUCACUUGAUGAUCAUGAAACAGAGUAUCUAAGGUGUGAAUAAUGUUUAAAAUAUGAAUGUCAGGGUUUGAAUAUGUAUCAGUGUGUCAUUUGUUAAAGGGCAUUUUUCAUUAGUUUUCAACUCUGCCCAGGGCCUGAAUUGAUUUAGCUGUUAGUUACAGCACCAUGAAACUCUUACAUUUGGAUGUCCAGGUAUAAAUGAAAUAUGCAAUGGAUGGAAACACCCAUCUCAGCAUGCACACAGGCACUACCAUCGAGUGACAGUCAAAAAGGAGUCACAGGACAACAAUGUACAGGUUUCCCCCAUUAUACAGGCACGAUUACUUAUUCAUUUAUAGAAAUGGGAAAGCUAAUAAUGUUUCUGAGCUGCAAUCGCUUUAACCAGAGAAUAGCCUAUUAUUUAAGACACGUCCAGAAUAGCACAAGCUGAUAAGGAAAUUCUCAUUAUAUCAUUACCGGAUUGGCAGGUGACCCCAUAUGCCCCAGAGUUUUAUUUGUGCUUAGUAAAUCAGAUCCAGAAUUUAUUAUUCACAAUAGCUGCUCAUUUAAAAAGAAAAGAAAGAAGUAUAAAAGAAAUGCAACAAUGCUUAGUUUUAGAUUUAUCACACUAUAAAUACCUUAAGGAUCUAUUUCUACUUGCUCUAGCCCUUAAAAUGUAUCAUGUAUCAUAAUCAUAUUAAAUAGGUUUGACUUAAAUAUUAAAUAAAUAAUAAAAAAAACUUUAAAAUUUUUGACGUAAAUAAGACCAUUUGCUUGAAGGCUUAAAUUAUUUUAUUAUUAUUAAAUUAAUUAAUAUUUUUGACAUCAAUAAAAACAGUUAAUUCGAGGUGUUACUACAUGGAGCACAUUUUUAGGUUAUCUGACAAAAUUAUUUUUGCCGUGCAGCAAGGACCAGUGUUGGGGAAAGUUACUUUUAAAAGUAAUGAAUUACAAUAUUGCAUUACUUCCUAAAAAAGUAACUAAUCAUAUUACUUAGUUACUUUUUAUGGAAAGUAAUGUUACUUUACUUUUGUGUUUCUUUUUCUCAUCCAGGCUGGGCUAGCUUGAUUGUUUUUUUAAAAAAAAAGAAAAAAAAAAAGGCAAAUGUAAAGGCCAAAUGUUUUUCUCAACAUGGGGCAUGAUAGGUGUCAAGUCAGUCAAUAAAUUGGAAAACAAAGUAACAUAUUUAUUUGAAAAAGUAUCUCAGAUAUUUUGUUGUGAAUUUAAAAGUAAUGCGUUACUUUACUAGUUACUUGGAAAAAAAAGAGUCAUUUGAUUGUAACUCAACUUAGGGGCCGUUUACACGACACCGUUUUCAACUAAAAUCGUAAAACUAUUAAUGCGUUUUGGCUGUUCAUUUACAUGUCAGCGGCGUUUUGGGUGCUUGAAAACGCAAGCUUUGGAAAACAGGUUCAAAGUGCAAGUUUUUGAAAACGGUCUCCGUGUAAACAACAAAAACGCGAAUCUGUGGAAACGAUGACGUCAUGCACAUGCGUAUUACAUGUUCAGUCUAUAGUGUUUCAUCGCCAUCUAAUGGCCUGGCAGCAGCAUACAGCAUUUUUAGUCGUUUUCGCGGAUCCGUGUGAAUGGGGAUCAUUUUGACAAUGGUGUCGUCUGUACGCGGAAAAGGACAAACUUCUCCAUUUUAAGCAUAUCGUUGUCGUGUAAACAUACCCUUACUUGUAAUGUUUCACCCCCCAACACUGGUAAAGACUUAUUUACUUUUCUCUUGAGAAUGCUGGCAAAUGACCCAAGACAAAUGAAAUUCAAACAGAUGCCUUCUCGAUGUUGCUCUGCUUGAUGUCAACAAGACAUAUAUUUUGUUUAAAAGCUUCUUUGAACAUUUCUCAUAAAAGACACACAUGCUUGUAACUGGGGGACACCUGAAUAUGAAUCUUAUGUUCCAUUUUUAAUUGGGACUAUAAGGUUCAUUAUAAUGUACAUUACAUACUAAAGCAUAUAGUAUAUCUAAGUAUUUCAUGUCUACUUGGCAUCAUGAAAAAGGGUAUCUAAAAAAAAAAAGCAUACAUUUUAAUGAGGUUUGUUGUUUGCGUCAUCUUUCCUGAAGAGGAAAUAUUGAGAAUAUAUAUUUAAGCAAUACAUGAAAGUGACUAUAGAAAAUGUGGGUUGACAAAUGCUAACUACAUAUAACUGUGGAUUUUAAUGAGAAUGUUGGUUUGUACAAGAUUGUGCAAAAGAGGAUGGUUCUCUUUUCUCAUUAAUCAUAGAGACCAGUAGUUUAUUAUCUGUAGAGCACUUUAGUAUCCAAGAUUUUUAGUAAUUUUACAUUGAAGUCAUUUUUAUUAUAUCCAGAUUUUUUGUAUUACAUGAAUUAUCAAGAUGUUUAUGUUUGUACAUGUAGAGCUUCAUUAUUUUUGUUAAAGAGAUGGCAAUAUAUGACAUAGACUUUAUUCGAGAUGUGAGCCACAUUACUGUGUAUUUCUAAAGAGACAUGCACACAAAUUCUGCUUACACUUAAUUUAUGUAAACAAGUAUUUGGCCGUCCUUUGGCCUGUUUCAAUACUUGAGACAUCAAACGUGUUAAAUGUUGUCCUGUGACAUUUCUUACUUUGCCUUAUGCUGUUUUUUUUUUUUUUUUCUAAAGAUCAUAUAGAAUAUUGUUUACAGUGUUGACAUUUCUAUGAUGUUCCUAUCAGGUCUGAAUAUACUUCUGUUUGGGAUGAACUGUUUUUGAAUGUGGAUAAUCAAUGUGCCAUACAUAUGUUUAUUAGUGCGACUUAUGCUCUCUGAGGAGGGUCAAUGUAUAAACAUUAUACAUUCAUUUCACCUUGUGAAGUGUGUUUACCGAGUGCACAGAAUCUAUGUAUCCACCUGUGACAUUGUACUGUAUUCCAAAUGAAUAAAGAUGAUACCAAAAUACACUGGAAGAAGAAACUUAAAAACAAGUAUUCCUUUACAAAC